AGCUGUGGAUGCACGCACCGAAUGCCGGAGAACAUCGAACCUUGGAACAUAGCUUUACCUGUUCCCCACAGCUGUACUGAAGGUCGUCUCUCACACUAAUGGUCACAACAUGGGAAGUGAAUACAAUGUAAGUAAAAGUGCACUACGUUCCCACAAGGAGAACAGUGACAAGAAAUUUGUAGGGGGCACGACCAAAGAAUGGCAUUACUUCGCGUCUUCCGCACGCAGGUCUGCGCACCGUAUCCAAGUAGAACUGACAAGCUCGUCAUGCUUUUCAUCAUGACUGCAGGCAGCGCGAAAGCUACGCAGUUUCCAACCAUGUUCAUCGUGUACGGCGGAGUGCCGUUCAUGGUAGCUUACCUGGUAUUUCUGCUGACCAUUGCGAUGCCCAUUAUGCACCUGGAGAGCACUCUUGGUCAGUUCUCGGGCGAAGGCAACAGCGGUACCUUCAGCACCGUGCCUCUUUUCAUGGGCUUGGGCUACACUAUGUCGCUGUACGCGACCCUGCACGCGGUUGGAGACUCGAUUACGCUGUCUGAUUGCGUAAUGAACCUACUGAGCGUGCUGCUCAAGCCGCCAUGGGCAGAGUGUCAUCCCAAGUGGGUGCUUCAUAACAGAACAUGCUACGUUCCUCGUUCAGGAAUGACUUUGUGCCGAACAGUUCGAAGCCGCCUGAUGGAGUCGUACAAGAGCGUAGACUUGAGUGAGGGUCUUCCAGUAGUAGACAGAGGGAGCGUAGUGCUUGUACCCUCCAGAGUUUACGUGCUCAAGUCAAACGCCUGCACAGAUGGUCUCUACAGUACGCUACAAAACUAUUACCUCACUCGACAACACACUUGGGCGAACUCAAAAGCCUACGGCGAGCUUGAGGGUUCACCACUUUUCUCCAUGGUUGCCGUCUGGAUGUUGGUUUUUGCAAUGACAUAUAAAGGAUUCAUCAAGAUCAAACGCUUUUUUUACGUGGCUGCGUUCACGUACCUGACCACGAUGGCACUGCUUCUGUUGAGGGGAGUCACGCUGUCAGGAGCCAUGGGCGGCCUUUCGAUGAUCUUCUACGCGGAUUGGAGCUGCAUCGUUAAUCUAGAGAUGUGGUUCAACGCCCUCUAUAUCUCUCUGGAGAGCGUCGGUGUUACAGGAACCAUUUACUUGGGCGUCGUGAAGUUCAACAGUUUCAAGAACGAUUACAAAGACGAUGUCAAGUUUGUGCUUGUCGCGGAUACGGCGUCGAAAGGUAUAGGAACAGCGAUUACGUUCAUGUUCCUAGGCCAUCUGUCAUCUAGUAUUGACGCUGACAUCAGCGUUCUCGUCCGCACCGACUUCAAAUUCAUCAUCAACAUCACUCCACAAGCUGUGGAUAUUAUCAGUUACCCAGAAUUUUGGAGUCAGGUUCACUCUAUAUGGCUGCUGUCGACGAUCCUGCCUAAAUUCAUGCUUGUUCCUGACAUCCUGAUGGACGUCCUCUCACCUACCUACAUACCACUGCUGGAAUACAGAACCAUGGCUCAUUUCUUCGUAUGCACUUUCCUUAUCUUGGUCAGCAUCCUCAUCUGUUCUCCAGUUGGCAUGAGUAUCGCGCAAAUACUGGUACACAACCAUGACCAGAGAGUGCGAUACCUAAUACUGCUACUAGAAUCCGUCGUUAUUUUGCAAAUCUACGGAAUGCGACGGCUGCUUAUUGAUUGCAAGAUGAUGGCGAACGACUGCCCAAGCUUGCUCGUGAGACUUUGUUGGACUUCUAUUGUCCCCUUGACGACGCUCGUGUUCUUGAUAGUGAAGAUAUAUGUUGACACCGUGGAAGAAUUAGCCACAUUCCCUCUGUGGGUCAGAGCUCUUUGUUCGUGGUUCGACCUCGUGGAACUUAGCUUCAUACCUGUCUUCGCUGCUGUCGUCCUGCAUCACGCACAUUUCAACUUACGACAGGUCUUAGCACCGCUGCCCACGUGGGGUCCUGACAGAUGGGAGCUACAGAUGAUGUAUCGUCAGCUACUGGCUGCUGAGGGCAUGCAUGUGGAUGAACUGAAGAGGAGGGAAUUCUUAGAGGCCCCCAAGACGCUGAAGGUUAAGACACCCGUGUACCUUGACCUACGAGCCGAAUCCACCGCUGGCACGUCUACCGACCGUAUGGGAACGCAUGUAGUCGUCAUCACUGAGCGCUCCCUGCCGAGCACGAGUGCCACUCGCUACGAAAGCACUGGCGAAUCUGACGCAUCUAAGGCAAAGACAAAAGCAAAAUGCCAGAGGCGGGACUCCGGUUCACUGGCCGUGUCUCGAAGGCUAUCCUCGGUGCGGGCUUCUGCUGAAAGGGAAUGGCAGAAGCAGCGUUUACUCAGGGCUUCCCCAUCUCCAACAAACGCCAUCGGACAACAGGCAAAUGCUGACGAGCACCAUCUCCAGGAAAAGCCUGCGACCGAAGACAAGGCCCCCCUUCCAGUGCCAGCAUCCCGGUCGCGUGCUGCACUUGACGAUCACGAGUCCAUACAACAGCCGAAAGUCGACGGAACUUCAGAAAGGCGACUAACAUUACCGAAACAGAACACUAUUACGAUGUCGUUGAAGCAAAUGGUACGCUAUCUCCUCGGAAUCAAAGAUCCUGCUUUGGAAGUUCAACGAAGUGCUACAGAACCACUUCGCGUUGCAAAGACUCCGGGGAUACCCGAGCCAAAGGUAGAGGAAGUGUCUGGCAAAGAGCUAGCUACCAGCACAAAAUAUAUUCCUACCGAAGAGGGCAUUCAGCCCAAGGAGAAAGAUGCAGUGGACCAAGUUGGACAAGAGGGGGAUUCUGGGCCCGUGGAAGAGGCGAGAAAACGCAGGAAACGCAGAAAGCGCAGAAGGGGCCCGAAAGGUACAAGCUAAAUGUAAACCUAAGAAUCGCAGAGGGAAUUUAAGAUGGCGAAGAGUCAGCUACACUACGUUGUCUCAAUUUGAAUACAGCACUUAUGGUACAGUGGUCCGGUGUGAUUCUCAUGAAACGAAAUCGUAAGAGACUGUCACUGUUUCGAAGAUUGCAUUGCAUACCGCUAUACCGGCAUGCAACACUAGUAGGAACAGAAGCAUUAAACCUGAGAAAUAUUGGA